AACUGAUUUAUCCCAAUUUGUAACGAAUUGGGACAUAAACGAGUUGCAACAGAAGUGAUAAAUGAGACACGAGUGCAGUGACAUUGAUCUAUUACUUCUUGGAAAGAGGAAAACGCAAAGACGUUUGCCAAAUGUUGAAGUGAUGGAGCUCAGCGGAGGCGGGGUCUGAAUUGUGCACUUUUUAUAAAAUAUGCAGUCAGGACUAAUGACAUUUCUUCAGUGUGUCCUUUCACCAGGACGAUCAAACUUGAAGGCUACAUUGAAGGGAACGAUAGAACCCCUUUUCACCACAGAGCUUCCUUCGAACCAUCAUGGACGAGGACUUUGAUUUCGAGCGUCGCAGAGAGUUGCGGAGACAAAAGCGCGAAGAGAUGGAGCGGGAGGCAGAGAAAAUGAACGCUCAAGAUGAUGAUGAGGAGGCGUCCCGCGAGCGCCGCAGACAAGCCCGUCAGGAACGCAUGCGCAACAAAGAAAAUGAGGAAUCGAAUAGCACAACAGCAGAAACCAACAGUAUGGAGAAGUCAACAUUGAUUGGGGGUUCUGCACUGUCUGAGGAUGAUGAGCAGACUCUUCUGGAGAGGAUUGCCAGGAGAGAGGAACGGAGGCAGAAAAGGAUGAAGGAAGCUUUGGACAGACAGAAGGAGUUUGAUCCCACCAUCACGGAUGAAAAUGCCACAACCACAGAAGAAGAACCAAGAAGAAAAGAAGAUGCUGAAGAAGUGUCCAAAAAUGAGGUACCUUCAACAGAAACCACUUCCUGUAAAGAAAGCAAUGAGAAGGAAAAUGCAGAAAUGAAAGUAGAGGCUGGGGAGACGGCAAAGGCGACUGAAGAGCCCAAAGAAACUCCUGAGAAGAAAGAUAAACCAGAGGAGGAAAGACCAAAUACAUCUUAUCAAGAAGAACAGGAAUCCACAGAGACAAAACCCAAAGAACAAGCUGUACCAAAUGAGGUUGCGAAUGAAAAGCCGAAACCUUCACUUUUACGUGACAAAAAAGCGUCCACAAAACCACCGGAUGCAGACGAAAAUGCUUCAAAAGCCAAGAAACCCCAAAAGAUCCUGAGCCCGAGCGGUUUGCGCUCUCCUGACUCCGAGAAGCAAGAUCCCAUCGCCAAGCUUGAGGCGGAACGUAAGCUGCAGGAGCUGAAGCGCAGGAGGAAUGAGACGGACAGCGAGACGCUGGAGAAGAUGAAGCAGAAGCAGCAAACGGCUGAAGCAGAACUAGAGGAGCUGAAGAAGAAGAGGGAAGAGAGGAAGAAGAUCCUGGAGGAGGAAGAAAAGCAAAAGAAACAACAGCUGGCAGAAAAGAAAGUCAAGGAAGAGGAAGAAAGAAGGAAGAUGAAAGAAGAGAUAGAGCGGAGACGAGCGGAAGCGGCAGAGAAGAAAAAGCAAAAAGAGGAGUCGAAAGAAGUGAGCAAAGCCCCGUUCAUCGCUCCUAAAGGAGCAUCCGCUAAGAUUGGAGAGAAAGCUGAAUUUCUGAACAAAUCUGCACUAAAAAGUCCAGUAAAGAUCUCACACACUCCAUUAGUUUGCAAGAUUGGGAACAGGUUUGAACAGUACAAUUCUGCUCUUCAGACCAAAGAUGUGCCCAAGUCACCUAAAUCUCCCGUGGAUGUGCCUGUGGCUGAAGGGGUGCGUAACAUCAAGAGUAUGUGGGAGAAGGGGAAUGUUGUUAGUCCCUCUGCCGGUCCCACAAGUCCCCCGCCGGUCACCAAGGAAACAGCAGGUGUGAACACAUGUGUGUCCAGUCGCUUUAACAGCUGGAAGACGAAAACACCUGAGGAGAAACCGGCAGAACCGAUGCCAACACCGGAACCUGAAAAAACAAAAAAACCUGAACCAGUCAAAACGGACCAGAAGCCAGCUGAAGUCACCAAAACACGUGGCCUGUGGGAGCCAAAGGGUUCCACUCCUGUCAAGGUUUUCGCAGCCAAGAGUAAAUUCGUCACCAAUGGAACAAGAAAAUAAAGACUUUUGAAGACACAUCUUUAAAAUGCACAUGAUUCUUGACUGGUUUUGCUUCAGCAACCUGAUAUUACAUUGGACAUCAAGUGGUGACCAAAAUUGUUAAAUCUGAUUUUAUAUGAAUUAGCUCAACAUUUUAAUGCAUAAUUAUUAAAAGAUAUUGAAAUUUUGUGAAUGCAUAAACAAACACAGAAGUGUGAUUUUCCAGCCAAACACAGAACAAACAUUUAUGGACCUAAUAAUGUUAAUAAUUACUAUGUUAGUUUUUACUAUGCAUGAUUAUUUGUUUAGUUGCUUCUUGUUGUUUGCAUUUAGUGUUGUGACUACAUCGAACCAGACCUGUGGCCUAACACCUAAGAACCACUGAAUUCUGCUUAAUAAAUGUGGUAUUUAAUAUGUAGGGAAGAAUAAACUCGCCUGAAAUAUAUGACUGAAGUAGGGUUAGAAGAAUCUUCAUAUAGUGCUGUACUUGAUUAAACCUUUUUACUUUUUUAUGGCAUUGUCAUUUGGACAUUUGAAUCAUGUAAAACGUUUCAUUUAUUGCAUCUAUGUGCAAAAGCUUUGGUGUCUUUAAGGCAGCCUUACAAUACAACUAUAGCUACCAGUUACUUUAGGCUUUAUCUAAGUCUUGAAUUGAAAAAAGGUGAUAAAAUUGUGAUAAUAAAGUGCCUUUAUAGCUACAUUACUUUUCAGUCAUGUGCAUUAAACAUAUAUAUUAAUUCUGUUAAAGGUACAGUUCACCCCAAAAUGAACAUUCUGUCAUCUUUUACUCACACUCUUGGCAUUUCAAACCUGUGUGGAUUUCUUUCUUUUGUGGAACAAAAACGAAAAUAUUUUGAAAAGAAAACUGUUGGUCCCUAUUGACUGGCAUUGGUUUUGUGUCUUUACAAUAGAAGUCGAUGGGGACCAACGGUUUUCUUUAACCAACAUUUGUGUUUUGCAGAGUAAAGAAAGUCAUUCAGGUUCAAAAUGACAAAAGGGUGCGUAAACAAUGACAGAUUUUUUUCUCUUCGUGGGUGAACUAUGCCUUUAAUUAUAUACAUUGUAAUAUCUUUUGGUUAAGAUGUUUAAUCUUGUCGCUUUGUGCUUGAACAGAUUAUUGUCAUAUGUUUUGCAUUUAGUAACAAGUCGUGCUAUGAACACAACACAUUUGCUUAUACAAAAAUAGAGGUACUUUAAAUGUUACCGAAUCUUCAAUAAAGUGCAUCAUUAUUCUCCA